AUGGAAGAAAGAAUUGACGUAAGAGAAGAACCCGGUGACAGACAUGGCUCAGUUCAUUACGUUUCAAGUGACGAUUAUAUUUACAGUAAAGAUCGUGGAAGGAAGGAAAUGGUGUAUUUUAAAUGUCGACAUUUCGAAAGACUUUCUUGCGGUAGCAGAAUGAAAUCCGUUGACGGCGUUUUUUACAAAACUGGACGGGAGCACAAUCAUGGCCCUGAAACACAAGAAUUGCGCCGGAUUGCUGCAGUCAACGAAUGUGUUCGCUUGGCUGGAAAACGUCACGGAAGUCUGAAAAAAAUUUUCGAGGAAGUCCGUCAACGCACCAAUGUCACGUUGACUUUUGACGCUGCGCUUGAAAAGCGCAUGCAAGUUGCUCGUAUGAAAAACCAUCCACGUAUACCAGAGACAUAUGCAGAGAUGACGGAUAUUCUCACCAAAUAUUCGAAAUACGGGAAAACCAAAAAGGGUCAAAAUUUUUUCAGUGGAUGCGUCGAAGAGGAGACCGAUGGCGUUAGAUCGUUUGCUUUUAUAUUCUUGUCCUUGAACAUUAUGUCACUGCUUUCCGAGGUGACACAACUUGCUUCCGACGGCACCUUUCGUACCUCACCAAGUAUGUUUCAGCAGCUAUUCACCAUCCAUGUUACGUAUCGUGGCAAGACUUUACCUUUUGCUUACGUCCUAAUGACUCAUCGAAACCGAAAGAUCUACGACGCCUCCCUACGUCACAUUCUUGAUGAUUCCAUGGGCAGUGCAUUUCCGAACGCCAGACCGCGCGGUUGCUGGUUCCACUACGGACAAGCAAUCUUCCGGAAAACGAAAGAGUUUGGCCUUCAGCAGGAAUAUCAGAAAAAGGGGGUUGUUUACCUUAUCGUGAAGCAAUUAAUUGCGCUCGCCCUCUUACCGGAGAACGAAAUCUUCCAGGGAUUUUCGGAUAUCAAAAGAAAAUAUGCGGAUGAACUUUCCAACCAACCCCAAGUCGUCCAAGAUGCCGUCAAGUUACUCUAUGCUUACUACAUGAAUUAUUGGCUUCUUGAAGUUGAACCGGUAACAUACAGCGUCUAUCGUGACCACAAUCGAACAAACAACGCCAUCGAAUGCUGGAACCGUUGGUUCAACGAGCGCGUCCUAGUUGCUCAUCCUGGUUUCUUCGAGUUCAUGACUUUUUUGAUUGACGCCAAUGACUGCUCUGAACGAGAUUUGGAAGGACUAAGAAGGGGCUUGAGUUUAUCCCGCGAUAAAUCUGCUUCUUACCGUACAGUCGAUAGAAAGUUGAUGAAACUUUGGGAAGAGUUAGAUGACAAAACCAUAUCCCGUGUUCUUUUUCUGGAAUUGGCCUCUAAUUUCUUUGAACCUGAUCGGACAUUGCCACGUCCCACCUUUGACACCGCUAGAGCUCCGGCAAGACCAAGGAAUCGCCAAGGGCAGCAACGACUUCGAGCUGGAGCAGCACAGCCGAGGACUAAUAGAGCCAGACCAGCAGCUCCUGCUCCAGAUGCUCCUGCUUUGCCACAGCAAGCCGUGCCGCAAGAGCAAUCUUUGACACCACUGGCUGCGCCAGUAGCACCUCCACGAACUCGACGAAACGCCACUCGACUCGCAAUCACUGCAACGGCUGCGGAACCCAUUGCUAAUUCCACGACUUUCGAGCCCAUCGCUUCUACUUCAUCGAAUAACCGUUCGAAAAGAAGAGUCGACAUCGAUGUUAGUGACAGUAGCCGCCCCAAGCGCAUCUGUAGAAUGCCUACUCGUUUUAAUGAUUUUGCUGUUUCGGAGCACCCAUCGACUUCUGGAGACAAAUCACGAACUUCACCACGUCAAUCUCCUGUCUCAGAGCAAAUUAGAAUAUACUGUCGAAAUAAUCUCGCAAAUUUGUCGAAAUAG